AUUGCAGCUUUAGUUUGUUUCCAUUUAAAACAUAAAGAAAAAAAAAUCUCAGAUAAAGUUAGAAAAAAACAAAAUCUUUGUUUCAUAAAAUCUAUUCAGGGCCUAAAUUUCUUUGUCAUUUUUUUCUCCCACCUUGCAAAAAACAAAUUAAUGCUCAAUUCAAAUUUAUUAGUCCUCCAUAAAUUUAUCAAAAUAAUUAUCUACAUUAUUUUUUUUAAGUGGGGAACACAAUGAUAUACUGUCAGUCUAACAAUUUAUUAAGGGAAGAAAACUAAAAAAAAAUAAUAUGAAUUUAUAUCAUUAUUUUUAUUUAUUUACCUGUUUAUUUAUUUUUAUUUAUUUAUUUAUUAAAUGAAUUGACAUUUGAAAAUUAAUUUUGUGACUAUUUUCAUUCAAUAUUUAUUGAUUCUAUAGCAUAAAAAUACUUAUAUGGAAAAAAAAACGAAUAUAUGUACAUUUGUUUGGGGGAAAGCAGAGAGUAAUGCUUGAAAACAAUUGACACAAACCGGCAUGAAUCAGCCAUGUGUAAACAAAAGAAUAUAAUUAUCUAUGCGUGUAAUGUCUCAAACUGGUUUACAGUAAAAUCACGUGUGUAAUUUACGGAAAUGGUGUCGACAUUGAGUGUUUACUUUUUUCUGGUCUUCAUUGUCCAGCACGGACAGUUACAAAUGUAUCCUUUCCGUAACACCUCCCUCCCAUGGGACGUCCGAGUAAAGGACCUCGUAAGCAGACUAACCAUAGAGGAGAUCGUGGUCCAAAUGAGCAGGGGAGGGUCGGGGCCCCGGGCUAGUCCCGCCCCCGCAAUCCCACGUCUAGGGAUUGGUCCGUUUAGUUGGAAUACAGAAUGUCUGAGGGGUGACGUUUACGCUGGUAAUGCUACAUCUUUUCCCCAGUCGUUAGGCUUGGCUGCAACGUUCAGCACAGAUGUUAUCUGUGACGUAGCAGAAGCGACAUCUAUCGAGGUGCGCGCCAAGUACAAUGACUACCAAAGACGGAAAAUAUAUGGGGACCAUAAAGGGAUAAGCUGCUUCAGUCCUGUUAUCAACAUCAUGAGGCACCCGCUCUGGGGCCGAAAUCAGGAAACAUACGGAGAGGAUCCGUUUUUAUCCGGAGAAAUUGCCAAAAGCUUUGUGAAAUGUUUACAGGGUGAUAACCCAACCUACAUCCGGGCGAAUGCUGGCUGUAAACACUUCGACGUGCACGGUGGUCCUGAGAACAUCCCUGUAUCCAGAUUCUCCUUUGAUGCCAAAGUGUCUGAGAGGGACUGGAGACUGACGUUUUUACCAGCGUUUAAAAAGUGUGUUCAAGCAGGAUCUUAUAGUUUGAUGUGCAGCUUUAACAGAAUCAAUGGAGUCCCCGCGUGUGGGAACAAACGUCUACUGACGGACAUUUUACGGAGGGAGUGGGGGUUCACGGGAUACGUGGUCAGUGACCAGGAGGCGAUAGAGAACAUUAUGACGUAUCAUCACUACACUAACAACUCAAUAGACACGGCUACACUGUGUGUCAAGGCUGGCUGUAACCUAGAACUGUCCACAAACGAGGUCAAACCAACCUACUUCUACAUCAAUGACGCCUUAAAGGCUGGUAAACUUAACAAAGAAGAGGUAUUGGAGAGUGUAUCACCUUUAUUUUACACCCGGAUGCGCCUUGGAGAGUUUGAUCCGCCCGAACAUAAUCCCUACAACUUCCUGGAUCUCUCAGUGAUCCAGAGCGAGGAACAUAGAUCAAUAUCGUUAGCAGCUGCUAUGAAGUCGUUUGUUCUACUGAAGAAUAAAGACGGGUUUCUUCCAAUUACUAAAGUUUAUAAAAAGAUAUCUGUAUUGGGACCUAUGGCAGACAACAAAUACCAACAAAUAGGAAGCUACGCGCCAGAUGUUAUGCCAGGUUUUACUACCACGCCUUUACAAGGGCUCUCUAAGCUCUCCAAAAGUGUCCAGUACGCAGCUGGAUGUACCGACAACGCAUGCACAACUUAUAAUAGAUCGGACAUACAGAGAGCAACGAAUUCCACUGAUGUUGUCUUUAUUUGUCUUGGAACAGGUCCCAUGAUAGAGAACGAGGAUCACGAUAGAGGCAGUAUGGAGCUACCCGGAAAACAGUCACAGCUUAUCAAGGACGCUCUUAGUUUCUCAGCAAACACUGUGCCCAUUGUCCUUCUUCUCUUCAACGGAGGACCCGUGAACAUCACUUGGGCGGAUCAAAACGAUCGUGUGGUGGCCAUUAUUGAAUGCUUUUUCCCUGCACAGGAAACAGGGGAAGCUGUAUGGAAAGUGUUAACCAACACUGGGAAUUUCUCCAACCCCGCAGCAAGACUUCCCUAUACAUGGCAGAAAUACAGCGAUCAGAUACCGUCUAUGGUAAAUUAUAGCAUGGUAAAUAGAACGUAUCGGUAUUUCCAUAGCAACCCCUUGUAUCCGUUUGGGUACGGAUUGUCCUAUUCCAAGUUUAGGUAUACAAACGCCUGGAUGAACCCAGUCAUAGACCAAGGACAGAACCUUACUGUUCGUGUGGAGGUACAUAAUACAGGGCCACUGGACGGAGAAGAGGUUAUUCAGAUCUACCUGAAAUGGCUGGACACUAAAGAAGAGAUGCCAAUGAAGCAACUAGUUGGGUUUCGACGCGUUUUUCUGCAAAGUGGAGAAACUUUAAGUUGGCUUUUUACAAUAGAUGCCGAAAGCAUGGCCGUCUGGAGCAACGAUAGAGACUUUUCGAUAGAACCAGGACAUUACCGACUGUACAUUGGAGGUCAACAGCCAAAUCAAGAGAAAGAAGUGCCAAGUAAUGUUCUGGUUCGAGAUUUCAAAAUUGUACCAAAUACGUCAUACAUGUAGAUUCGAAUAUAUUUUUUUUAAAAAAUCUGCUGAGUUCAAGUCAAACUGGCUUUGUGGAAUAGAAUUACAAUCUUUUUCGCGAUCAAAGAAAUGGAUCUGAAGAUUGGUUAUUCUAUGAAGAGCCGUGUAUUAGUUUUAACAUGUACCGUAAAUUAUAAUUUGUAUGGGAUUUUUAAACCUAUAGACGGCCUUUUGUUAAUGGUAUUUACGUUUAAAUUUUCAUUGAGUAGUUAGGCAUAAUAAUUCAGAUAUAGCCUCUACCAUUACUUAACCCUAUUACUAGCUGUGAAAUGACCCUUGUAUUUAAAGUACAUUACUUAUUAUUAUCAUUUAUCUAUUAAAAUAAAAGUGUAAAUCAUUCCCUAUCCUCUCUGCUUCU